GCAGCGUCAGAGAGGACUGACGUACAGGUGGACCCACCUGGAGGAUAUAAAAAGGCAGCAGCAAAGGGAGAGCUUAUUAAAGACGCUGCUCGGGAACAGACGGUGCCCCAGAAACUUCCCAGGAUGGAUCUGAAGACAAUGAUGUUGCCGCUUUUGCUUCUCUUGUCCACAUUUGACUGUGUAUCUGCUCAGGUGACAGCUCCCAGAGGAUGUGGCUCUGACUUGCUGUCUGUUUACUUCAAUCUGUGUGACCUGGAUGCUGUUUGGGGGAUUGUUCUGGAAGCCAUUGCUGCCGUGGGAAUUGUCAUCACGGUGAUAUUAAUUGUGGUUCUGUUGGGCAUCACGCCAUUCAUUCUAGACAAGAGGAAGAAAGCUUGUGUCCCUAUCCAAUUGCUGUUCCUAACUGGCACACUGGGAAUUUUUGGCUUGACCUUUGCUUUCAUUAUCAAAUUCGAUGAAAGAACGUGUCCAACCAGGCUGUUCCUCUGGGGAGUCCUCUUCACCAUCUGUUUCUCCUGUCUGCUGACGCAUGUCUGGAGGCUGCUGAGGUUGGUGCGUACAGGGGAAGGUCCCACAAUCUGUAACAUGAUCAGCCUGGUUCUGAUCCUGACUCUGGUGCAGGUCAUCAUUGCCAUUGAGUACCUAGUGCUUACCACUGUCCAGUUCACAAAGAUCUGUUCUUAUGAGAACAAAGACUUUGUCAUGUUAUUGAUCUAUGUUAUGUUCCUGAUGGCACUGACAUUCAUCCUUUCCAUCUUCACGUUUUGUGGCCAUUAUAAAAAAUGGAAGAAACACGGUGCCCACAUAUUCGUGACCAUGUUCUUCUCCAUAGCUAUCUGGGUGGUGUGGAUUGUUAUGUUUGUUCGUGGGAAUGCAGCUUUGAACAGGAGUCCUGUGUGGGAUGAUCCCACACUCAGCAUAGCUCUGGUCGCCAAUGGCUGGGUCUUCAUCCUGUUGUACAUGCUUCCGGAACUCCGACAUAUCACCUGCCCCGCAAAGUCCGAAGAUGAUCCACAAGACCGUGUUGCUCCAAAUCAGCAGACCAGAGGAAUGAAAGGUCUGGAUAACCAAGUCUUCUUCUUGGAGGAGCCAAGCAGAGGAUUCUCUGGGAAUUUUGACGAUAAUGUUCCCUCACCUUCAUACCGCAGUCACUCACCAAUCGGUCACAACGUAUAUUCUGCACCACAGGAUUUCACAAUUCCACGCCCUCAUACCAGAUCCAGCUACCUUCCUACACCCCUCCUACAAGACCCUUACCUCAACUACCAGAACAGACAGACCAACUUCUAGUAUAUUACAGCCUCACAUAGAAG